ACAAUUUUUAUCCCCCUAUAACACCAACUUCAAGAUGAAUAUGCAUAUGAUGACAGAGGCCUCCUCGUCGACCAUGGACAUGGCAUCCUCUACUAGCAUGGCAUCUUCCACCGCAUCCUCAACCUCAGACUCUAUGGACAUGGAUACAAUGCACAGAUACUUCACAACUGCCUACAACGGCUACCCGGUGUUGUUCAAAGGUCUCAAGGCCAAGAACGGUGGUGAGGUGUUUGGCAUUUUUUUGUUGGUCUUUUUUGUGGCAGUAUUCACCAAGUUUCUUGAAUUUGCCAGAAGCUAUAUGGAGCAGAAAGUAUGGGUAUCACCUGUUGAUCGGCACCUUUACACUGACUCGGAGAGCGAUGGAAAAAACCUUGUUACCGAGUCCACUGGUCAAAUUGCUAGAGUCUCUGUCUCUGGAAGCAUUCCCUCCAUGUUGGUUCGGAAUGCCAUAAGGCUCAUCUUGAUAUUCUUGCCCGAGAUGUUUGGCUUUGCAUUGAUGUUGGUGGCCAUGUCGUUCACGUUGGUUUAUUUUUUUGCAGUUGUGUCUGGUUUGACAGUAGGCAAGUUUAUUUUUGAACGACUUGGCUCUCGAUUGCACAUGGUUCCAAUUCCCACAUUGGCCCAUCAUGGUUAGUUAGAUAAUAGUACAUAGAUCUGUAGAUCAGUGUUUGACGAGUAAUAGAAGAAUUUACGAUUAGUGGUAUAGUUUGGUUGACCGUGCACGACCUGCCUU